AUGCAUGUACUAGACGACGGACUAUGGGCGUCCGCUCACGAUACACUCUCAUGUUCCCUUUGGCUUAUUCCAAUCUCACGACGAUCACAUAUUUCCUGUAUCACGCAUCCCCUCUCCUGUCUUUCUUUUUUUUUGUUCCAAUUUUACUACUCUCAAGUUCAUUUAAGUUUCCCCCUCCUUGCAUCCUAA